AGUGGGUUUUUCCAGGCACACGAGGAACAACAGAACAUCUGAUUUACUUCAAAAUAAUCUGAUUACAUGCAGGGGCAGACUAACAUACACACCAGCAUUAACAUCAGAAUGUAUGCGCCCCGGGCCCUGCUGGCCCUCUGCCUGCCCUGCUUUUUUAGUGGGAAUGUGUUUGGUUAUGAAUAUGGAGAGGAUUACUCUGAUUCCUACUAUAAUGAAAUCUCCAAUGGUGAACGCCUGCAAACAGGAGCAACACAAAUUCCCUGUACGCCUCAAGACCUCUCACGCUGGAACAAACUUUUCAUCAUGCUGGAGGACUCUCAAAUGAAGCAAGACAUGCUCUUGCAUCAGAAUGAAGACAUGGUUAAGGUGGAGGUGGACUCCAUACAGAAGGAGCUCCAUAAGCUUAACAACAACAAAGCAUGUGUCCAAGCCUCAGAAAACACCUGUAAAUGUAUAAGUGAGCAGAUGAACGGCAAUCUGAAUAAAGCCAUGGAGCAGCUCAGAGAGGCUGCAGAUACUUAUCAAGCCCAAAACAAUGAGACGCUGCAGCAGCUCAUUCAUUUCAGCAAGAACCAGGCCACACGUCUCACCAAACUGGAGAGCAGCUCACUGCUGGGAGCAGGUCUUGGGCAAGUGGCCAUGAAGUCUUUUCUCGCUUAUCCAAAGGAACAAGAAGCAAGCAAUGCAGAUGGCGGGAAGCUGGAGAGAGCGCUUAUGGCCACCGUUGCGGAUCUCCAAAGGGUACAUGCCCAGCUGGCUCUUUUCCAACGAGCAAACGGCACAUCGAUUUCUGGCUGUGAAAUGGCUUUAUUAUUUCCAAUGCGCUCCAAGCACAUCUUCGCAGAGGUAAUACCCUCCAUGUCCAUGUCCCUACAAUCAUUCACCAUCUGUCUGUGGGCCAAAGUUACUCAGACUCUGAAUAAAACAGUGCUUUUCUCUUACGGAACCAAGAAAAACCCUCAAGAGCUCCAGCUUCUUUUGGCAAGACACUCGGUGCUCCUCACGGUGGGCGGUGAGACCCAUCUAGUGGAAGCUCACAGCGUAGUAACAGAUGGGCAGUGGGGACACUUCUGUGCAGCUUGGAGCUCAGAGCAGGGGCUGGCCACUUUGUGGGUGAAUGGAGAUAAUGUUGCCAGAGUGCCUGGAGUAGCUGAAGGGCACGUAUUGCCCAGUAAUGGGUUCAUUCUGCUCGGGCAAGAGCGCAGCCGCUCAGGUAUCUACAGAGAUCUGGACUCAUCAGUUGCGUUCACUGGAAAAAUGACAGGGGUGAACAUGUGGGACCAUGUGCUGGAUGCAGGGAGGAUUAAAGAGUACGCCAAUCAAGAUGGAUCCUGUGAUAGCCGUGGGAAUGUGAUUGGAUGGGGUGUUUCAGAGAUCAUUCCACAUGGUGGCUCUCAGUAUAUCAACUGAGACUGCACCAAUAUACAUUGCAAUAUAGUUUUGUACAUUAAGUAAUAUUACAUUGUAUAUCAUCAAUGAUCUUGUAUUUACCUUCUUUUUCAUUCCAAAUAAAAAGCACUGCUAAAAGGAGUAGUUCUCCCAAAACAGAAAAUGUGCUGUUUACUCACCCUCAGGCCAUCCAAGAUGUAUGGGACUGUCUUUCUUCAGUAGAAAAGUAAAGAAGAUUUUUAGUUGAACCCAUGAUCCCUUGUGGUUCAUAAAACACGAGUCAAGAGUACCGUACUUUAAGAGAAAAAAAGAAGAUACAAAUGAAAAUAAAUGCCGUGGCUCCUGAUGAUAUAUUGAGGUUUUACGAAGUGAAACUUAUUACUUAUCCAUUCAGGUUCAGAGCAAUUGUUUCACUUCAUAAGACUUCAAUAUAUCAUUAGAAGACACAAUUUGAAGAAUUAAUUUAGUUUUUCUGUAACCACUUUUUUUUUACUCUUAAAGUGUCAUUACCUAUUGACCUAUAUUUUAUGAAUAACCAAGGACCACGGUUUCAGCUAAAAAUCUUCUGUACUGUUCUUUUGAAGAAAGAAAGUCAAAAACAUCUUGAAAGGCCUGACGUUGUUUAAUUUUUGAGCGAACUAUUCCUUUAAAGGGAUAAUCUACACAAAAAUGAAAUUUCCAUAUCAUUUACUCACCCUUAUGUCAUAUAUGAUUUUCCCCCUGUGGAACACAAAUAUAUAUUUUGUUACAUCUCUCUGUGGGGCACAAUGAAAUUCUACUGUAUAGUCUUAAACAGCUGAAACAUUCUCCAAAAUAACUUAUUUUGUGUUCCACACAAGAAAUAAAAUAAAGCAUGACACAGAUUUCAUUUUUGGAUGAUUAUCUCUUUAACCUUAAAACACUGUACACUAAACCAAUUAAAAUGGUUUAAUGUUGUGUAUUCUUUUUUAAUUUUAGCUUUUAGUAGAAUUGCAUUACCAUGUAAAUAAAUUAGUUAAAUGAGUAAAAAGUUAAUAAAUUGAGUGGUGUGGCUCAGUGGGGAUAAUUAAUGGACUACAAAUAGAAGAAAUGUUUCUCUGUUGUUCCAAAUGACAUGACUGUUUACAUUGGUCACCAAUGAUUCAAAACAGAUUUUCCCUCUUCUAUAGUUUGGUAAUUUACAAUCUUUGUGGCGUAUUACUGCAUAGGUGUUGCUCAUGACUAUUGCCAGUUGUUCCAGUCUGACCACAAAUAAUAUAAAAUGAACUCAAACAAGGCGUGUGCUUUAACCAUAGUGACAGUAACUCUAAAAUGACACCCACAUGUGUACAUGUAAUGAUUGUUACAAUGAGCAGUAUUUUCCAGUGGUUUGUGAGACAUACAGUCAGAAUAGCCCUCCCAUGUUAAAUGACCUAACUUUGUCCUGUCAACCUAAAAAUAGGCUAUAUUUAACCAUAUUAUUUAUUAUGAAGGCCUACCAUGUUAAAUGACCUAACUUUGUCCAGUCAAAAAAUAGGCUAUAUUUAACCAUAUUAUUUAUUAUGAAGGCCUACCACAUCAGUAUCAAUGACUUUAAAAGUUGAUGUAUAUCACUUGCUAUUUCUGUAUUACAAUAAUAACUGUAUCAUAAAAAU